ACUUUGCAGAAUGUAGCAGCCUCUUCUUCUGCCAAGAUGUUCAGAAUGAAGAGAUUUAUGCAGAGGUUCUGGAUUCUUCUGCAUGUAUGCCUGUCUACUAUCAUUGGUAAAAUCUGCAUGUUCUUUUUCCCAGGUACUGUGAAGAGCUAUCUCCUGAAGCAGAGAGAAAAGAGUGGCAUGGGAGACAACCCAAAAUUCUUCUAUGAAAAUUGGGGUCCAACUUUCUUCAGCUUCUCUUACUUACUCUUUGUCUUGAAAGUCAAAUGGAAAAGGCUGGAAGAUGAAGCCUUUCAGGGCUGUCCUGCUCCUAACACCCCCAUAGCAAAUCUCAGUGGGAAAAUGCAUCACAUUCUGGAUUUCAUGCAAGGUAACAGGCCUUUGGUUCUAGCAUUUGGAAGUUGUACCUGACCUUCAUUCAUAUUCAGAUUUGGCGAGUUUAAUAAACUUGUUGAAGAUUUCAAAUCUGUAGCAGACUUUCUUGUAAUCUACAUUGAAGAAGCUCAUGCCUCAGAUGGAUGGGCCUUUAAGAACAAUAUUGUCAUUAAAAGUCACCGAACCCUCCAAGAUCGUAUAACGGCUGCACAGAAGCUCCUAAAACAGCAACCCCUAUGUCCAGUGGUUCUAGACACAAUGGAAAACCUGAGCACAAACAAAUAUGCGGCUCUGCCAGAGAGACUGUAUGUGCUUCAAAAGGGAAAAGUUGUGUAUAAGGGUAGACCAGGACCUUGGAAUUAUUGUCCACAAGAAGUACGUGAAUUUUUGGAACAACUUUACCUGUAAAAGAACACCUCAAAGUAACCUGUUUCUGAGAAGCACAUACACUCCAUUGCCUGAUUACAUUUUUAAAAGUAUUUUUAUUUAUAAAGGGCUGUAUUUAUUUGGAAAGAUAACGGUGAAAACCUUACAUCAUUAAUAUUCAGCAGUCAUUAACUCAAUUAAACAAUAACAUAAGAUCUAUUUAUUAUAUUUACCCUAGAUUACCUGCCAAUGCUAAUCUCCAUUCUUGUAAUUGCCAGUGGUAGAUGCACAAACUGCUUUACACAUUUGAAAAAUAUCUUUGUGGUGAAUUUUCUAAUGAAGCAAUUGAAAUAGGAUAACAUGAUGGAUUGCUUUAUAUAUAACAGUCUCUAGAUAGUAAACAGAGCAGUGAUCUCUUCUUUAGUGACAGGAGUGCAGCAGUGUACAUUUCUCAAUUAUGUUUCUUCUAUAAGAACUGUAUCUGGAAUUGUUAAGUCUAUGGAUCUGAACAGAAGCAGUCUUUGUAUAGGAUCAAAUUUCUGGAGAACAUUGCUGCAGAAGCAGCUGACACUUGUAACAGACAAACAUGCAUUAUUGUUGUCACGAAACACCUAGCAUGUGCAGAUGCAUUGGAUCCUUUGAACCCAAACCACUUAAGGACAGAAGCACCAUCACAUCCAGUUUUAAAGGUGUUUGCAGAGAAGAACUUUCUGAAUGGAAUCAUUGUAAUAAUUUUCUUACUUUUGUUUCUAUUAAUAUUUGUUUAUGAUAGUCAUAGUUUAAAACGUAGAGAACUAUGACCUGAUACGGAAAAAUAUUUAUAGAAACAAGAUGCAAUGUUAAACUUGGUCCAAAAAUCUUCGUCCAGCAUGAAUUUGUUUCCUUUAAAUAUGGUAUUAUCUUAUAAUAUAGAUAAAAUGAUGGAAUGAAACGUGGUGGUCUAAAAGGAAAGAUUGCCCCAGACUAAAUUAACUCUUUUUCUUAUCAAUUAAGAUAAAUUGAAGAUAUUGGGCAACAUAACAGAGGGUUUGAUGAAUUCUUGUUUAUUACGCUAUUUCAUCUAUAAUAUACUGUACAUCAUCAUAUAAAUAUUAUCAAUUUAAAUAAUGCUCAUUGUUGAAAUUUUUUAACAAAUUUCCAUUGAAAAGAUUAAACACCAGCUGCAGUUAGUGUACUUAAAGAAUCAUUAAUGCCUGCUACAUUUUUAAAAAGGCUUAAUGUUUAAUGUGUUAUAAUCUGAAUACUGAAUUUAACUUUUGUGCGAUAGUCCUUCUGCUAUUACCCUAUGAACUGACACAAAAGCAUCAGAAGCAGAUAAAAUGAUGAUUCGAAGAUAUGUAGCUUGGAUCUCAGGAAA